AUGGAACUGGAGAAAGCACUGAGGGUGACCAAGGAGCUGCUUCAAGAUCAAUCAGCUAUAAUAAGUGACCUGUCUGCAGAGGCACAGGAGGAAAUUCUUGAGGCACUGAAUUCCAUACGGAGAAAUGUGACGCCUCCUGCCAGCAAUAUGUUGAAAAUGAAAUGGAGUAAGAAAGCUAGUGAGAAUGCCAAGAAAUGGGUCAGUCAAUGUCGUUUUAGGAACAGUCCCCAGGAAGCGAGAACUACUAGUGAUUUUGCAUGUGGUGAGAGUUUAGCACAAAUCAAGAUUGCAAUGAGCUGGUCAAAAGUCAUUGCAACAUGGAUCAGUACAAAGACUUAUUUCAAGUACGGCAUUGGACCAACAGAUCCAAAGAAAAACAUUUAUACUUAUACUCAGAUCGUUUGGUACAAUUCACAUAUGGUUGGCUGUGCACUUGCCUACUGCCCACAGAACACUUUCUCUUUCAUGUAUGCGUGCCAUUUUUGCCCUGGUGGGAACAAUCAGGAGAAAAUAACAACACCCUACAAAGAAGGCCCAUCAUGUGCAGACUGUCCUCAACAUUGCGAGGAUAAACUUUGCACCAACCCAUGCAAGUAUACCAAUAAACAUUAUGCAUGUGAAGCAAUGCACAAGACGUUCAAGUGUGAUGAAAGCUUCAUGUACGAUCUUUGUCAGGCAACCUGCGAAUGCUCAACAGACAUUGUAUAA